UAUCAAAGCGAGUUCUAUUGAUUUCUUUCCACCGGGCUCAUAUUGAACGCGGCUAGACUGCAUCAUCGGCAACAUGGAUAGCAACCAGAAGAAGAACGACAGCCGAUCGAGCGAUUGGACCAUUCCAAAGAAAAAAUCGAGUUCUUCGUCUUUGGAUGGAUCCAUUCCUCGUCGUAAAUCUGAAAGCAUUAGCAAUAAUUCUUCACACCAGCAAUCAAUUACUAUCCCUCGCAAACCAAAGCAUUCGGUGACUUCGGGCAAUGGGUUCGGUUCUUCGUCUUCGAUAGGUUCGACCAUUCCUCGAAAGAGAUCCCUAACUGAUGCCAUCCCGAGACGCAACUCUGGAAAGUCGUCUUCUGUGGGAUCUAGUAGACCCUCCAUAAACGGGUCCAUUCCUAGAAAAGGUUCGGCGUCUUCGCUGUACUCUAAUGCUCAUGCCUAUGGUCAUAGUCGCAACGCCAAUGGCCAUUCUACAGAUCGAGAUUUUCACCGCAGUCAUUCGGGUCAAAACAAACGAUUAUCCUUCAAGAUACCAUCGCAGCUUCGUGAAGACAAAGCAAAGGCGUCCUCAAAACGAUCAAGCUAUAAUGAACCAUUUCGAUCUCAAGCAUCCUCUCAUCUACCCUCCCCCAAGGAUCAACCCUUGCCAAAUAUUGUGUCGGAACGUCCCUUUAUUAUUUCGGUUGAUCUCAGCGGUGUUGACAUGAACAAUGGGGGAAUCCCUCGAGCUCCGGAAAUACUUCCUGACGCUGCCCCUAAACGAGAGCGGAAACAAACGCAAACUAUUGAGUACAAGGAAUUUGACGACACCAGUUCCGAAGGGGAGUUGACCGAUUCCGAGGACGACGAUUACGGAAAGAACAAGAAGAAGAAAAGGAUAGUUUCCAAGAAGGCGAAAAAGCCCUCCUCAUCUGCAAAGGCUUCAACUUCUACCAAUUUAAAGUUCGCCGCAGAAAAAUUCGCUGCCAUUACCGCCUCUGGUGUUUCUGCGUAUCAACAAACUCCGUAUUUGGGCCCCUCCGUGACCAAUGUCGGCACUCUUCCUGCCACUACAUGGUUGGAACUGGGCAACAAUUCCUUCGAAUCUCCUCCAACAGGAGCGCUACCAUCUUUAUGGUACUCGAGAGAGGUWUUUGCUAACAUCUAUGUUGUCGAGAAAAUCUUGACUUGGAGAAGACGGAAGGUAACAAGGCUAGAGUGGGAUCCGGCUUCUUACUCCGACGAUACAAAACCCCCCAUGCCCCCCGUGCUAGACACAACCGAGGCAGCCAAGCUUUCCGAAAUUGCUCGAUCGUCUCCGCUUAUUUGGCGUGAUCCCAAAAAACGGAACGAAAUCUCUCGCAUUGCACAGGAGCAAUGUCCGAUUGUCAUGGCUAUGGCGGUGCAAGCUCAACACGCAGAGGGGAAACAUCUAAUUGGGGGAGCGACACAAACCGAAGAAUUGCAGGAGCAAGAUUUUACGACAACAACGAAUGCUUCAAUCAAACCGACAUAUCGGAUAAAAGCUACGCCGCACACAGGUGCAACMGAACGAGAAGAAGUUUAUCUGAUAAAAUGGCGAGGAAAGUCAUACUUACAUAACAGCUGGGAGCGAGGAUCAGAUAUUAUUCGAACGGAUCCAACCAACAAUACUGCACGAAGCAAGAUAAGAAAAUAUAAUCAGGCACAAGAGAUAGCACUAGGAAUCCAUUGGAAGAAAGUCAUAGAAGAAGAGCGGAAAGCUAGUAAUGCAACUGCUCUUCAUGAUCCUGUACCAGCAACAAAUGUCGACACUGAAGGCAAAAUGGAUACUCCUCAAGAAGAACCUGACGAGGAGUUCUACCCUCCUGCAAACACCGAAGUUGAACGCAUUUUAGCGUGUGAUGAAUCCGAGAUGGAUCUAUCUUUGUACGCAAAGCAACGGGCAUUAAAUAUUCUCGAUGAUCAGGAACAGAUGAAACAAAAGGAGAGCGGAACAACAAAGCUUUGGAACUCAAAAGAAGGUUUGAAGGAGAUUUUAACAGAAAUCCCGUGGGAUCCGGAGGACAAUGUUCGUUAUGUUGUAAAAUGGAAAGGCCUGCCAUUUGCCGAAAUCACAUGGGAAUACUGGAAAGAUAUAAAGACCGAUGCAACAGACGAAGCCGAAGACUUUUGGAUACGACAGCAACCACCAGACGAAGAGACUCUGGCUAGAAAUUCUCAGCCACACCCUCAUAUGCAGGACUUUCAAAAAAUCAAAGAGUCGCCUCCUUUCGGCAUUUCCAAACGAAAACGACUCGUUGCAGAUUCCAUUAAUGGUCAGCUUGUGCCGAAAGAUGUGGAAGACGAACGAGAACCAUUCCGUCUUCGUAAUUAUCAACUGGAGGGUGUCAAUUGGUUGCUUUUCAACUGGUGGAAUCGCCGAUCAUGUAUUCUCGCGGAUGAGAUGGGACUCGGAAAGACAAUUCAAUCCGUUGGAUUAAUCAAGCUUCUCCAAGACACACCGAAUACUGGCGUACGAGGGCCUUUUUUGGUAGUGGCACCAUUAUCUCUCAUCGGGCAAUGGCAGUCCGAGAUGAAAAGCUGGGCGCCAGACUUACACAUUGUUUUGUAUCAUGGAUCAGCAGAUGCGAGGGACUUUCUAGUGAAAAAUGAUUUCUUCUUCACUGAUCAGUUUGUGYCAAAGGCCACUGCAACAAAACUCCGAAAGCAACAUGUGACAAAGUUCCAUAUUCUGAUCACUACUUACGAAGUCGUCUUGAAGGAUGUUGACGUGUUCACAAAAAUUAAGUGGAAAGCACUGAUUGUCGAUGAAGCUCAUCGGUUGAAAAACUCUAGCUCCAAACUCUUUGAAGAGUUGACAUCGGUUCCUCGUGACUAYUGUUUAUUGCUCACUGGUACACCAUUGGCAAACGCUACUGAGGAGCUUUGGGCAUUGUUGAAAUUUGCGAAUGGUUCUGUUUUCGAUUCAAAGGACGACUUUUUGGAAAAGUUUGGACAACUGACCGAUUCGGGACAGGUCGAUCAGCUCCAUGCAGUUCUAAAACCAUACCUGCUAAGACGAGUGAAAGAAGAUGUCGAAAAGUCUAUGCCUCCCAAAACAGAAACAAUACUCGAGGUCAGUCUUACUCCGAGUCAGAAGAAAUUUUACAAAGCUAUUUAUGAACGAAACACCACCUUUUUGUUCAAGGGCGCCAAGCCUAAGAAUCAACCUAGUUUGAUGAAUGUAAUGAUGGAGCUGAGAAAAUGCUGUAAUCAUCCAUUUUUGAUUCGCGGAGCGGAGGAAAAACUUCUUCUUGAAGCUACGCAACAAAUCAGGGCAAAUGAUCCAGUUGCGGAGCUAAAUCACUUACAAAUUUUCCACGACCAGCUCGUCAAGUCGUCUGGAAAGAUGGUCUUGAUUCAUAAAGUAAGUUUUGCGGUCUGUAUUCCGCUUGUCCCUUGUUGACAAUACAACACAUUUCAAUCUGAUGAAAUUGUAACCAAUUGCCCACUUCCUGCUUUCCUUAGUUACUUCCGAAAUUAUAUGCAAACGGUCACAAAGUGCUAAUCUUCAGUCAAAUGGUCCGCGUGCUAGAUCUGUUGGAAGAAUUGCUCAAAAUGAUGCGUUAUAAAUACGAGAGGCUAGAUGGCUCAACUCGUUCCUCGACUAGAGCAGCAGCUGUAGAUAGAUUCAUUCGAAAAUCCUGUCAGCGUUUCGUUAUGCUAUUGAGUACCAGGGUAAGUUUUCUCUGUGAUGCUGCUUCGUCAACUACACACCAAGAUAUGUUUGAUCUCUUCUCAUUCGCUUCGAUAUCGAUAUAGGCUGGAGGAUUAGGAUUAAAUUUAACAGCUGCGGACAUUGUAAUAAUUUUUGAUAGCGACUGGAAUCCUCAAAACGACCUGCAGGCGAUGGCAAGAGCCCAUCGUAUUGGUCAGACAAAAGCUGUUAGAGUUUACAGAUUGCUUACUGCAAAGACAUACGAAAUGCACAUGUUUCAUAGUGCGAGUAUGAAAUUAGGGCUAGAGCAAGCUGUGUUAUCCCAGCAACGUGAUCAGGGAGGAGAGGGAACGGAUGGGAAAAAGUCGAAGUCGAAAAGUGAGAGGGAAGCACAAGCGAAAAAAAUUGAUCAGCUUCUGAAAAAGGGCGCGUACGACGUUUUUCGAGACGACGAUGACGAAGAAGCGAAAAAGUUCAUGGAAACUGAUAUUGACCAAUUGAUGGAGAGCUCUGCGAAGGAUGUCACUUAUGGAAACCAACAAAGUAAACUUAGCAGUGGUUUGGGCUCCUUCAGCAAAGCCAGCUUUGUUACCGAUACUGGGGACGGUGAAAAAGAUGUCGAUUUAGACGACCCAGACUUUUGGUCAAAAGCGGUAGGCCUUGAACAACCAACUGAGACACCCGAGGAAAUCAGCCAUAUGAUUGAUGACGGGGUAAAGAGAUCGCGAAAGCAAGUCGAGCAAUUCGACCCUUACGCUGAUGUUAGGGAAGAAGAAAGAAUUAAGCAAGAGAAGAUUGACAUAAAAAUGAAAGCUGAUAAGGAUGAAAAGGAAAGACAGAGGGAAGAAAAAAGGGCAAAGAAAUUAGAAAAGAGCAAGAAACGGAAGUCGCGUGAGGAAAAAGAAGCCGAUGAGCUCCGUAAUAAAGAGGCAAGAACGUUACCACCUCCACCGAAUACUUUAAAGAAAAGGAAAAAAUUAAAAACUGGUAAAGCCGGAGAAAUUGGCGAAACGAAGAAGACGAAAUCUUUGUUGAAGAAARCCGGAAACAAGAAAGCCCUUCCAAUCACGAAAAAAGAAUCUACCCUCAUGAGUCAACCUUCGCAAAAGAAGUCGAAGAGAAGUCUCGAACGCAAAAGAGCUCUUCGGAAAGCAGAGAAUGAAAACCCAAUGAUUGAAAAUCUGAAGCAAGGAUGGGAAAUAUCGCACAGGAACCGUGCCGUAGCGGCAUGCAUUAGAUUUGGGUUUUCCCGGUUUUCAAAACUAAGGCAUGAAUCUAAUCUACAGUGUUUGCCUGUACAGGAUAUCGAGAUUUUUGUCCGCCAAUGUAAGUUUCACCGGAAUUCUGUUUGCAUAAAAAAUAAGAGUAGCUCGUAACUGACCAUAUCUGCCUUUUGCUGAUUUCGAUAGUCGUAUACCAACAGUCUCUUCAAUUGGCAGUUAUCUUUUUGCAGAAAUUAAGCGAUGACCCAGAUGGUCUAAUUGACGAAAAUCUCAAGACCAAUUUACAGGAGUAUCUUGGUCCGUCAAGCUCUGAUGAACUUCAGUGGUUAAGUGACUGUCUCAUUCGAGGAAUCYGGGACUUUCUAGAAGUAGAGAAACAGCGUAGAUUCUUGCGACUUCCGUUGGUUUUAGCUGAGCAGAACUAUGUCGCAGAUUUGCGAAGAGGUGCAGCACUGCGGUCGUUAAGGAGAGUAUUCAUGGCGUGCCGAGUUGAAAGGGUAAUAGGCAGCUGCGUGGAUGCCAUAAUAUCCRGUAAGUAUUUUAGCUUGAUUCCGUGUUGUCUCAUCUUGAAUUACUCUCACAUGACUUUUCAUGAAUCUAUGUAUCAGAACUUGGGUAUGAACAGCUUGCGCAAAGGGGUUGCCAGACAAGCAAUAUGGCAACAUUGGAUACUGAUUUAAAGACGAGGCUUGUGAGCACAGAGGAACUAACGUUAUCAAUAAAUCUACUUUUCACUCAAGUCAAUCAUAAACCUCCGGCCGCUUGGUGGGACCGAUCAUGUGACAUUGCAUUACUUCUUGGAACAUUUGUUCAUGGCCUUGGAAACUACGAGGCUAUGCUGCACGACGAAACAUUGCCUUUCACAUUCAAAAUACGCAAGCAUUCAAUUUCUGACAGCUUGUGCUGUGAUGCGCACAAACGAUUUGCAAAAGCAACAUCAGCUGCAAAACAAGUGUGCGACGACGCACUCGAAAAAUCCAAGUUGAAGGCUCAGAAAGAGGUUCAAAAAGCCGUUGCUGCAGCAGCAGCGGCGGCACUGAAACGAGAGAAGGAGGCAGCGGCACUUAGGGAAGGUGGGGAUGCUGCAGAUGCGGUCAUCAACAAUAUGGGCGAACAGCCAUUGGAUCACUUGUAUGAGUUCCAAGAAGGGAAGGAUGAUCAUUUUAUAACACUGCCAAGAGUGAAGGAAGCAAUUGUAUCUUCGAUUCGGUCUGUAUCGUUGGGUUCAGAUUUGGAUUCUAAAGUAAAUUGUUCCGGAAAGAAAGAAGCGAAAGGAAUUGAGGAAAGCAAGGGAAGACGAAAGAGGAACUACUUUCACAGCUUGCCAAUGCCUGAUGCACGCGUGUUGGACUUCAGGUUGAAGUUGGUGUUAUUGGAAAUUGAGAAAUGCCAUUCAGAAAGCAGAAAAUGUGAUGAAUACAAAGAUGAGUUUACGACACCAAAGGUCUGGCCCACGUCUGGCACCGUCUUCGCAAAUCAAAGCAUGCGUGAUUUUUCUGCUCGCUUUUUACAAGAAAAGACCCUAAAGCAAAGUGCAGAUCAAGUAAUAGAAUACGCAGGAAUCGGUCUGAAUGGAACGCAAUGUGGUGUCACUCAUAGAACUGUUGACGACAGGGCAGACUACAGCAUCGGGGCGGCAAGUCCUGAUCUCUUUCAGGUAGCGCAUGGCCCAGAGUCUCCACGAUAUCUGAGAGCCUUGGGAGUUCCGAUGACUUUUGGAAGGUUCGGAAUGGUUGCUUUGGCCCAUGCCAAUGAUAAGUGUCUAAAUAGCUUACUGGCAAACGAGCGUAAGGAAAGUAAUGCCUCAAAUGAAACAAAAGGAGAAUUUAUGCAGAAUGGUUCAACAUCUACAUUUGAUCCUCCCAACAUGCCAGGACCAAUUGAAGCAACCUUGGUAGGCGAUAAGAAAGAAGAGCCGUCAAUCAAAGGGGAAGCCGAGGUUGCUCCUGGCACAGCUUUGACGAAUAAAUUGAUAUCCCAUCC